AUGAUGUUCGACGUGGAAUGGGCACAAAGCUGCGACGAGCAAGCAGUCCUCAAAUCGGCAUUGCUAGAGCACAACAGUGACAUCGCAAGUAGCAAGUCGAUAGUUGCCUCCCUUGACUCGUCACCGCGCAUCUUCAUAUCGGCCUCGUCUUCGCUUUGGACCACCGCCAUCACGAUCUCAGCGCAGCAGCUUCGAAAGCACCGAUCAAGUCGAUUCAAGUCACAGUACUCACGCGCGCACAACUACCACUCGAAGCACAUCUCUGCAUCGCAUCGCUUUUGCAAGAACCAAUAUCUCCAAAGUCAGACAAUGACAGCACAGGUGGUCUACAGCACGAUGAUGUCCCAGCAUCCCUUCUCAUCCAACUUCUCGUCACCGGUAGCCACACCGUCUCCGACAAAGGAGAACAAGUUCCCCGUCUUUCCUUCUUUCAACAUACAGGCUACGGGCGAGGCCUCGUCCUCAGCGAUUGGCGCUGCCCAUACUCAUGCCAGCGAGGACGCUACGCUGACUAACAAGCUCACCCCAACUGCGAGCGUAACUGUCCGCCCCUACAAGUCUUCCAAUUCACGCCGCUCAUCUCGGCCAAGGCUGAGCAGCCUACAAAGCCUCAACUCGGUCCCUGCGUCACCUUCCCUCACAGAGCAAGACAGCGGGCGCGCAUACAUCUCCUCGAGUCGUUUGCUGACAUCGCAUCCCAGCUUGAGCAGAGCGACCUCUCGCAACGCCGUUGAGACACUGCAGCCGUUGGCAGAAUCGACCUCUAGCCUUGGAAAGCUCAAAGUGACUCCCUUGCAUCCCUCCGAUGCCGAUACCAUGCCAAGGUCGCCGCAGCGGCCCACGACUCAGCCGCAAAGCAGUGCAUUGCCACCAAGAGCAAGACGAAUCUCAACAAGCCCUACCCUCGACUCUGGUCUGAGCGAAUUUGGCCAGAUGGGCGCCCCGUUCGCCGGCAGUAGCCGCCAUGCUGACCGCGCAGACGUGUCCGCUAAGCUUCGCAACUUGCAUACCAGCACGGGCGCAUUCUUGCGGCGAAGUCACACCAUCACCGCCGGCAUCAGCUCAGUCGCUCCACAGAAAGAGGAAGACUCCUCGGCAACGAGAUCGCCGCCACCUUCGACUGCCAUGACGUACGGUCCAAGUAGCGGCCGAAACGCUCCCAGACCUACACAACGACGGCAGACCGUGUCCAACGUAUCUCCCGACUCCGUCGAUCGGCUAGCACGUGCCCAGCCACAACGUGCCAACACCGCAGUGUCACCUUCACCCAGCCGUACCUUGCCGUACACACAGCCGUCGCCAAAUGCACCGCCAACUGGAAGCACGCUCUCUGUAUCGUCCCCGUCGUCCUCCCGCCUCCGGCAGCGCGGUGCGCUACCCAAUAACCAGCUCGAGGCCAAGGUCGUCAUUCUUGGCUCCCAAGGUGUCGGCAAGACCUCGCUCGUGCACCGCUACACAUCGGGUCAAUUCAGCAUCGCAUCUACGCCGUCGACCAUCGGAGCCAGCUUCCUGACCAAGAAGCUCAUCGUCGAUUCCGUCAAGGUACGCCUGCAGCUGUGGGACACCGCAGGCCAGGAACGCUUUCGAAGCAUGGCGCCCAUGUACUACCGUGGAAGCCACGCAGCUGUGAUCGUGUAUGACAUUACGUCCAUGUCGAGCUUCCUGGAUAUUCGAACAUGGAUCGAGGAGCUCAAGAAGAACAUGACUACCGAUCUCGUCAUCCACAUCGUGGGAGCCAAGUUGGAUCUGGCCUGGUCCAAACGGCAGGUUGAGCUCGACUUCGCUCGCGCCACCGUCGGCAGCUGGCUCCAGAUGUAUCAGACUCAACCACCUGUGGGUGCGGUCGCUUCGGCUGGAUGGAAUGACUCGGACGGCAGUCCUGGAUCGCCCACUCGUCCCACAUCGCGGCUGAGCGGGCUGGGAUCCUUGGCGAUCGGCUCGGCUUCGCGUCUGACGUCGUUUCAACGCAGUAACAGCGCCCCUGGCUGGCCCAACCUGCCUGCUUCGAUCACCAGUGCACCCGGGACCGCCGCCACAACGCCAGGUGCCCCGACCGGGCUGUCAGCGCUCAAGCCGAGCAGCUUUGGCAGCAGCGGAGCCUCCUCUGGCUCAGCCGGAAGCGAUGGCGGUCGGGCCGACGCUCUCGAGCGCGACUUUACGCUCUCGUGGGACUUGGUCGAAGUAUCCGAGGUGUCGGCAAAGGAUGAUCGUGGUAUCGAAGAAGUGUUCUUGGCCGUCACAAAGAAGCUCGUGGAGCGCAGGACGCAGAUCGAACAGGAGAGGGCGAGUAGGGAGAGGAACAGCAUCUUUUUGUCCGCCAGCGAUGCGGAGAAUGCACUGCAGGACGCGCCGGUGAUCGUCACCAACAGCUGGACUUGUUGUGGAUGA